AGUUAAAAAAGAAAUAGUUUUAGUGUACCUUGUGCAUUCUUUCUAAGCAGUUAAAAUUUGUUAAAAACUGAAUGUUAAUAUGACUCAAUGGAAAAUGCGUCUCAACGUUGUGAUUUUCUUAUUUGUUUCUUUGAAAAGUGUGACCGCUCAAAGUACACAAAACAUCAACGUGUUAUUCAUUAACGAAGUGGAUAACGAUCAAGCGACUCAAGCCAUUGACAUCGCCCUUACAUAUAUUCAAAAAAAUCCAAAUCUUGGCAUGUCCAUACAGCUCACAAAAGUUGAAGGCAAUCGAACAGACUCAAAAAAAUUUUUAGACACCAUUUGUGCUAGCUACACCGAUUUGAUAUCAAAGAACCAGUCACCACACAUUGUUUUAGAUACAACAAUAACUGGGGUAGCAUCGGAAACGGUCAAAUCAAUCACAUCUGCACUAGCAUUACCGACUAUUUCUGCCUCUUUUGGCCAAGAAGGUGACUUGAGACAGUGGAGAGACAUCAAUGAACAGAAAAGUAAUUUUUUGCUGCAGGUUAUGCCUCCUGCUGAUAUUAUACCCGAAGUCAUCAGAUCAAUAGUUCAGUACAUGAACAUCACAAAUGCUGCCAUCUUGUACGAUAAUUCAUUCGUAAUGGACCAUAAAUACAAAGCUCUGUUACAAAACAUUCCAACGAGACAUGUAAUAACAGCAAUAGCGGAAGAAGCAGACCGUAGGCAACAAAUCGAAAAACUAAGAAAUCUUGACAUCAAUAAUUUCUUUGUACUGGGCAGCUUAAGUUCAAUUAAAGCUGUGCUAGAAUCUGCUCCAAAGGAGUAUUUUGAGCGUAACUUUGCCUGGCAUGUCAUAACGCAGUAUAAUGGGGACAUAACUUGUAAAUGUGAUAAUGCAACCGUUAUGUAUUUGAAACCGGUAUCAGAUCCUCUGUCGAGAGAUCGAUUGGGACUACUAAAAACAACGUACAACUUAAAGAAAGAACCGGAAAUUACUUCGGCAUUUUACUUUGAUUUAGCGCUACGCUCCUUUUUGACAGUCCGAGAUAUGCUGAUUUCCGGAACCUGGCAAUCGAACAUGUCUUAUCUAACCUGCGAUGACUACGACGGAAAGAAUACACCGGAACGAGCUGUCGACUUAAAAUCCUAUUUCAUUGGAAUAACCGAACCAACUACAUAUGGAAAUUUUUCGCUAGCUACGCGCACACCAUUUAACGGUUACAGUUAUAUGAAAUUUGAUAUGGACAUUAGCUCUGUGUCUAUAUUAGGUGGUGCUUCUGUUAACACGAAAAAUUUGGGUUCAUGGACAGCUGGCCUUUCGUCUCCACUUUCAAUUGUUGAAACUGAAGACAUAAAAAAUUUAACAGCCGAUGUGGUCUAUCGCGUUUAUACAGUUGUGCAAGCCCCAUUCAUUAUAAAAGAUCCUGCAGCACCGAAAGGCUACAAAGGCUAUUGCAUCGAUUUAAUGAAUGAAAUAGCCAAAUACCUGAAAUUUGAUUACGAAAUAAAAGAAGUUGAAGAUCAACGGUUCGGUAAUAUGGACGAGAAAGGGGAAUGGAAUGGAGUCGUUAGGAAAUUAAUCGAUAAGCAAGCAGAUAUUGGAUUGGGUUCAAUGUCGGUAAUGGCUGAGCGCGAAACUGUUAUAGACUUCACAGUACCUUAUUACGAUUUAGUUGGAAUUACUAUAAUGAUGCAAUUGCCCAGUUCGCCGAGUUCUCUUUUCAAAUUUUUAACUGUCUUGGAGACCAACGUGUGGUUGUGCAUCUUGGGAGCGUAUUUUUUCACCAGCUUUCUUAUGUGGGUCUUUGACAGAUAUAGUCCAUAUAGCUAUCAAAAUAAUCGUGAAAAGUACAAAGAUGACGACGAGAAACGAGAAUUCAAUAUAAAGGAAUGUUUAUGGUUUUGCAUGACAAGUUUAACACCGCAGGGUGGAGGCGAGGCUCCAAAGAACUUAUCCGGCCGAUUAGUUGCAGCAACGUGGUGGCUUUUCGGAUUUAUUAUAAUUGCUUCUUACACAGCGAACUUAGCCGCUUUUUUGACAGUAUCCCGUCUCGAUACACCUGUUGAAUCCCUAGACGAUUUAGCUAAACAAUAUAAAAUUCUCUAUGCCCCAUUGAAUGGAUCAUCCGCAAUGACUUACUUUAAAAGAAUGUCGGAUAUUGAGGGGAGAUUUUAUGAAAUCUGGAAAGAUAUGUCACUAAACGAUUCGCUUUCGCCGGUUGAACGUUCUAAAUUAGCUGUGUGGGACUAUCCUGUUAGUGAUAAAUACACUAAAAUGUGGCAAGCGAUGCAAGAAGCUGGACUACCGAACACUUUGGAGGAAGCUGUGGCUCGCGUUCGAAAUUCUACAUCAGCUACAGGCUUCGCGUUUCUUGGAGAUGCAACUGAUAUCCGAUACUUGGUUCUUACAAACUGUGAUCUGCAAAUUGUGGGCGAAGAGUUUUCACGAAAACCGUACGCAAUCGCUGUUCAGCAAGGUUCUCCUCUUAAAGACCAAUUUAAUAAUGCAAUUCUGAUGCUAUUGAAUAAACGUCAGCUAGAAAAAUUGAAAGAGGACUGGUGGAAGAAUGAUGAAUUUCAAAAAACAUGUGAAAAACCCGAAGAUCAAAGUGAUGGCAUUUCAAUUCAAAACAUUGGUGGCGUUUUCAUUGUUAUAUUCGUUGGCAUAGGAAUGGCAUGCAUAACCUUGGUCUUUGAAUAUUGGUAUUACAAGUACCGAAAGAAUCCAAAAAUCACUGAUGUUGCGGAAGCUGAAAAUCGAUUGAAAAAUGAUAAUCCCAAUGGUUACGAGAAGCAAGAAAAGGGAUUUUUGAAAAAUGCAUUACUACGAACACGAACACAGCAACAAUUUCCGACCGGAUUCAGAUCCAAGUUCUAAUUGAAGAAUAGCUAAGUUUAAAGUUUUGAUGAAAAUGGGUAACUGACAAAGAUUUCUUUAAUGCAAACAAAUAUAUUUAAGGUGACUGAAAGUGGCACAAAAACAUCAUAAAUUUUUCAACAACAAUGUCCGAUUGAUUUUAGAAAAGACCUAUAUAUCGUUUAAGCUUUUGAUUUUGCGCUAGUUGAUCAUAGACAUCUAAAAUUUCAUUAAAUACUAGAAAAAUAAUGGACAUGGUCCUUUCUGUAUUAGUUUAGCGUUGAUCUGAUCCUAAGGUGAAGUCUAUAAAAUCGCACAAAAUCACUACUUGAAUCAAAAUAUUAUUGGAAAUUAUGCCUAAUUUCUAGAAGAAUUUUUUUCAACGUUACAGCUAUUAAAAGAAUUUUUGUGCACCGGGCAACUGAAAUACGACACAUUUUGCCUUGAUUUUUCGUUAUGAAAUGUCAGGUUUUCCCAACGAUAUAUCGUGCGGGAAAAAAUUCAAACGAAUUUAAUAUGGUG